CGAGGAGGGAUCGGCGGGGCGCUCGACUUGUCUGCAAGGCGGCUCGCGGCGCGCACGUACUGUAGCGUGCCAGGCUUUAGUGGGCGGAUCCACGCAGGCGCCCGCGGCGCGAGGGAGAGGCGAGCGGUCGGCGCAGUUUCGGGAAUUGAAUAUAACUUACAAAAAAUAUGUCUCCUGAAGUUGCCUUAAACAGAAUUUCUCCAUCACUUUCUCCUUUGAUCUCCAAUGUAGUCAGAAAUGGAAAAGUGGGAUUGGAUGCAACUAACUGUUUAAGGAUUACUGAUCUGAAAUCUGGCUGCACAUCAUUAACCCUUGGACCAAGCUGUGAUCGAUUUAAGUUGCAUAUUCCAUAUGCUGGAGAAACAUUAAAAUGGGAUAUAAUUUUUAAUGCUCACUAUCCUGAGUUGCCACCUGACUUUAUCUUUGGAGAGGAUGCUGAAUUUUUACCUGAUCCUUCUUCCUUACAUAAUUUGGCCUGCUGGAAUCCUUCAAAUCCUGAAUGCCUCCUGCUUGUUGUAAAGGAACUUGUACAACAGUAUCACCAGUUUCAAUGCAGCCGAUUACGUGAGAGCUCCCGGCUCAUGUUUGAAUAUCAAACAUUACUUGAAGAACCUCAGUAUGGAGAGAACAUGGAAAUUUAUGCUGGCAAAAAGAACAACUGGACUGGUGAAUUUUCAGCUCGUUUCCUUCUGAAAUUGCCAGUGGACUUCAGCAAUAUCCCUACCUACCUUCUCAAGGAUGCAAAUGAAGACCCUGGAGAAGAUGUUGCUCUACUUUCAGUCAGUUUUGAGGAUACAGAAGCUACUCAGGUUUUUCCCAAAUUGUAUCUCUCUCCUCGAAUUGAACAUGCUCUUGGUGGAUCUUCUGCUCUUCACGUUCCUGCUUUUCCAGGUGGAGGCUGCCUAAUUGAUUAUGUUCCCCAAGUAUGCCAGCUGUUAACCAACAAGGUUCAAUAUGUUAUCCAGGGUUACCAUAAGAGAAGGGAAUAUAUUGCAGCAUUUCUUAGUCAUUUUGGAACUGGAGUGGUAGAAUACGAUGCUGAGGGUUUCACAAAACUCACUUUGUUGCUGAUGUGGAAAGAUUUUUGCUUUCUUGUUCACAUUGACUUGCCACUGUACUUUCCUCGGGAUCAGCCAACUUUGACAUUUCAGUCUGUCUAUCAUUUUACAAAUAGUGGAGAACUAUAUUCUCAAGCCCAGAAAAACUAUCCCUAUAGUCCACGAUGGGAUGGCAAUGAAAUGGCCAAAAGAGCAAAAUUGGAUCUCUCUUUAACAAGCUUCUUGUCCAGCCUUCUGGUGCUUUGGAAGGUUUGAUGAGUUCACUUUGAUUAUGCUUUGAUGAAUUCCAGCAGCAUAGUUCCAGAUCACUUUCAGAGACUCUCAGAGGUGGUGUCUGGUUUUUUUUAUGCCCAGAAAAGUGAAAGAACAUGAAAGAAUAGAGAGAUGGGAGUGGCAAAAUCCAAAGGAGAAAGUCCUGUGAAACACAAAAUUUGAGACUUUUGAUGGACUGUGAUUUGGGGGAUUUUAUAGAUUUUGGUGGUGAAUUUUUGAAAAUUGGAAGCUUUACAAGAAAGAUGAUGAUACAAAGUUGACUGGAGAUGGAAGCUUUUGUGGCUUGAAGAAUUAAAAAAAGAACUAGACAAGGCAGAACAACAAAGAAAAUGGGAGUCUGCUGGAUCUGUUCAUUAAAUACAGUUUAUAGUAACUGAUAAGUUAAAAUUCCAACUUCCACUUAUUUUGUUCUUCAGCUACUUAGUAACCUAAUUAUCAUUACUGCUCCAUACUGCCCAUUAAUUCAAUACUGUUAUAAGGACAAAUAGAAAACCAAUAAAAAAUUAACACUGAUAAUGGCUUGUAAAAAUGCAAUUUUUACUGCUGUGUAAUCAAUGCAUGUUCAUGACAGCUCAUGGCAAUACAAUGAAGUCUGACUAGUUGAAUCAUUUUUUUAAUGUACAGUUUGAACAGUGUUGUCUUGCAUAGCUAAGUGCAGGUCUUAAGGCAUAAUAUGUUGUUUUUGACAGGUGCCUGCCAGGGAUCUUCAGUGCUGUCAUGCAUAAUAUAGAUUCCAACCAAAUCAGGAAGGCUUAGGAAACUUACUUCUGGCCACUUCUCAUUAAAUUUUUGACUGUGGCAAGGAAAGAAUAAUGAUUAAAUCUUGACGAGAGAUAUUUAUAUGCGAAGCGUUUGACAGAAUAUAGAGGGUUUUUAAAAUAACAAACAUAUAGCAUCUAUACACAUGUCAGCAUUGUUUUUUCUGAGUGAAGUCUAAAUAUAAUUUUCCUUAUUAAAUAAUGAGUAGAAUUACAAUCAUGUAAAUAGUUUUUAUUACAGUGCAUAAUCUUUUAUCAUUUUUUUCAAGUGCUGUUUUUUUCUGGGGCUAGAAAUAGAUGGUCUUUACCAAGAUAUUGCUGUCCAAUCAAAUAGGGCCCUUUUCUUUCAGAUGUAUGUCCCUUGCUCCCCAAUUGCCAACAAAUGUUGAUAGAUGUGGUUCAUCAAUAUCUAAUUUUGGUAAAUUCUGUAGAACUAAGCAGGAAAAUAAUAUACUUAAGAACCUUUGUUGACAAAUGUGGUUCCUAAUGUAACUCUUAAUUUAUUCUAGUAAGUCAUAGUAUGCUGCAGUAUUUUCAAACUAUUUCACUGAAUACCAAAUCUAAAUAUUUGAAUAAUGACCUAAGGAUUUGGGGCAGCGCAGUGGCUUAGUGGUUAAGACGCUGGGUUUAUUGGCUUUGAAGCCAGCAGCCCAGGUUCAAGACCCAAGUGUCUUGCAAUGGGGUGAGCUCCUGUCCUCACUCCAGCUCCUGCCAAGCUAGCAGUUUGAAAGUAUGCAACCACCUUGUUUUGAAAGUAAGCACUCUGUGAUGUCAUGCUGGCCACAUGACCAUGGAAAUGUCUUCGGACAGCGCUAGCUUAAUCGCCUUGAAAGAUGAGCAUUGCUCCCUAUAGUCGGCAAUGCCUAGUAGAGUAAAAUCCACAGGGACUUCUUUACCUUUUUUCUUAAGGAUUUGAUUGAUUUCCACAUUCCUAAAGAACUGGACCUCCCAGGAUCAAUUAAUAGCAUUUGCGAAAAAGAAACAAUAUAGAAAGUAUAAAGAAACACUCAACUAUAACUUAAUAAGAAUAGAAAGCAUAAAUAAUGAUUUAGAACAACAAAACUGCCCUGUUUAAAGCCAGGCAAGGACAGAAGAAUCCAUAAAUGAUUUUAUUUUAGCAUGGAAUACAUUAAUAUGAUGAACAGAAUUAUAUAUCUUAUGUAAAAUAUAUCUAAAAAUCUAACUUCAUACCAAUGUUUGCAAAAUAUAAUUUCCUUUUAAUACAUGUUUGAAGAGAGUUAAGGGUUAGUAUGAUUUUGGUUAUUGUAUAAUUAGUAAACUUAAAUAGAUUAUGUUUAAUAUGUUUGUAUAACCCUGUACUUGGC